AACAACUCAAUACUAUAUCAUUAAAUAUAAAUUCUGAACAAGAUUCUGAUUAUAGAAAUGAAGAUUAUGAAUAUUAUGAAGAUGAUUAUAGUUAUGAUAAUAAUUCUUUAUACAAUAAACUGCUAUCUUCAACAUUAGAAAUAAACACUAGUUCACCAUCUUCAGUAUUAGAGAUAAAUUCAAGUUCACCAAUAUUAACAUUAGAACCAAAUACUUCAACAUUAGAAACUAAUUCCACAUCACCUUCAGCGCAAGAUACAGAUAUAAUUUUAUCAAACAAGCCAUCACCUUUGUGUAAUCCAGUUUGCUUUAAAUGUAAACUUGAAUUUUCAGAAAAAUCUGAAAAUUUGACUUUGGAAGACCCACAAUCUAAACUUUCAUUGUUUGAGAUAGGAGCCCGAACCACUGAAGCGAUUAAUAAAAUCAGAGAAAUAUUUGAUCAAUAUAUUACUUCAUCAAAUAAAUCAACAAAUAUUUCACUUAACAGAGUAAAGGAUAAUAUUAUUACAACACGUAAUUACUUUUAUGGACUUAAACGACAUCAUAAUGAAUCAAUUUCUGAAAUAAAUCAGAAAGCUACAGAUGAAUUAGAACGAUACUUAGCCUUGUGA